AUGCCUCUGGCAAAUGCCACAGAUCCAUGGCGAAUGCGAAAUGUUGGAGAUGUCUCGCGUGGUAUUGCAGCACAAGCUGCAAAUUGUCUUCCAAUGGUUGUCGAAAACACUGGGUCUCGGCAGACCUCUACGACAGAGAGCUUGGAGUCCACCAUUUCAAAUAAUAGUGAUUUGAGCUUUGAAAGGGAAGUGGAAUUGCAGGAUGUAGUAAAAGAAGGCCAUGAAAAAGCUGACCCAUCUCAAUUUGAGUUGCUCAAAGUGCUUGGUGAAGGUUCUUUUGGAAAGGUAUUCUUAGUGAGGAAAGUUAGUGGACCUGAUGCAGGCACUCUUUAUGCAAUGAAGGUACUUAAAAAAGCAACAUUGAAAGUAAGAGAUCGUGAGCGCACAAAAAUGGAAAGAAAUAUUUUAGUGGAAAUGGGACAUCCCUUUAUAGUUAAACUACACUAUGCAUUUCAAACCGCUGGGAAACUAUAUUUAAUAUUAGAUUUUUUAAGAGGCGGUGAUCUCUUUUCAAGACUUAGCAAAGAGGUAAUGUUUACUGAAGAGGAUGUCAAAUUCUAUUUAGCAGAAUUAGCAUUAGCAUUAGAACAUGUGCACAAAUUGGGAAUCAUAUACAGGGAUCUAAAGCCUGAAAACAUAUUGUUAGAUGCGGAUGGACACAUAGCUCUCACCGAUUUUGGUUUGUCAAAACUACCACCAAGUAGUGACAAAGCUUAUAGUUUUUGUGGCACUGUUGAGUACAUGGCACCUGAAGUAGUUAACAGAAAAGGACACACGUUUGCUGCUGAUUGGUGGUCAUUCGGAGUGCUUAUGUUUGAGAUGUUGACUGGUAACCUUCCAUUCCAUGGGGCAAAUAGGCAUGAGACCAUGACACAGAUACUUAAAGCAAAAUUGGGAAUGCCAGCAAAUCUCAGUGAGGAAGCACAGUCCCUGUUAAGAGCUCUGUUCAAGAGAAACCCACAAAACCGUUUAGGAGCUGGUCCAAACGGAAUUGAAGAUAUAACGAAACAUGAAUUCUUUGCAAGCAUAGACUGGGAUGGUUUAUUGAAAAAAGAGGUAAUACCGCCAUUCCGUCCGGCGGUGUCGCGCGCUGACGACGCGUAUUACUUCGACUCGGAGUUCACGUGUCGAACUCCGCGGGACUCGCCCGGCGUCCCUGCCUCCGCGAACGCACACGAACUAUUCCGGGGCUUUAGUUUCGUGGCGCCAUGUCUAUUGAAUGACGACAACAACAAGACGGUCACAAAUGAAAACCAAAAUCAUGUCGCGCAAACUAAGACGUCGACUGAAGACUUUUGGUCUGGAUUUGUUAAUAGGAACAAUUUCUUUGAUGAAUACAGGUUGAUGGGUGAAUUAGGUACGGGAUCGUUUUCCGUUGUUCGUCUGUGCGAACAUAAGACAUCAAAAACACAAUACGCCGUGAAAAUCAUGGACAAACUGCAGUACGACCCUCGAGAGGAGAUCGAAAUACUUCUCAGAUACAGCCAACACCCUCAUAUAAUAACCCUUCGGGGGGUGUACGAGGAAGGAGGCCGCAUUCUCGCUGUGACGGAACUGUGUCGUGGCGGGGAAUUGCUUGAGCAUAUCACCCAAAAACGCUUUCUUCCCGAAAGGGAAGCAGCGCCCAUACUAAGGAAUGUGUUGCACGCGGUACAUUAUCUACAUGCGCAUACGACGGUUCACAGAGACAUAAAGCCCUCGAAUAUCCUGUUCGCGACCGCUCAAAAGCGUCCCGAAGACAUUCGCCUUGUGGACUUUGGGCUCGCGAAGCAGCUCAGAGCUGAAAAUGGCCUCCUCAUGACUCCGUGCUACACCGCCAACUUUGUCGCUCCGGAAGUGCUGAAACGUGCCGGAUAUGAUGCUGCCUGCGAUAUAUGGAGCUUGGGUGUACUCGCAUAUAUAAUGCUGUCAGGAAGGACUCCAUUUGCCAGCACGGGAGAUGACACUCCGGAGGCCAUACUUACCAGGAUUGAAUCGGGAAAGGUGGAUCUAUCGGGUGGAGCGUGGCGUCAAGUGUCAACUGAGGCUCGGAAUUGUGUCAGACGUAUGUUGCAACUGGAGCCGGCGUUGCGUCCGCGCGCUUCCGAUCUGUUGCGAGAGGCGUGGCUCAGUCCGGGCCACGCCCACUCGGCCGCUGAACCCUCUGAUGCUCCGUCACACGAUACACCACCUGCUGCGGACUUGCGACGAGCCGUGGAUCUUACUUACCAGGCGAUGACGUCAGCGCCCUUAACACCGCACAUACUCGGCCCAGUAUCACAAUCGACGCUUGCGCAGCGACGCAUCAAACCCCAAAGGACAUUCUCGCCUACACAGUUGUAA